CAAAAUCGACUAUAGCCCUUCGUCACAGCCAAUCGGCGAACGAUCUGCUCUUCUCGAAAACAUGUCGCCCAUGAAGCUGUGUGUUCCAGGUGACAAGCUAUGCAGUGUAGAAGACUGCAUUCCCGGCACAGGAGUGUAUCUGCGGCAUGGAUACAUUUACUCCUCACUAGCAGGAUACGUGCUCAGGAAAAACGAGGGAGAGGAGUUGCCAGUGAUCUCUGUGGUGAGGGAAACAGAAACACAACUACUACCAGAUGUAGGAGCAAUAGUCACCUGUAAGGUGACCAGCAUCAACCCCAGGUUCGCCAAGGUCCAUAUACUGUAUGUAGGCUCCACACCGCUGAAGGACCGCUUCAGAGGAACAAUCAGGAAAGAAGAUGUGCGCGCAACAGAGAAAGACAAGGUGGAGACAUACAAAAGCUUCAGACCAGGUGACAUCGUCUUGGCGAAAGUUAUAUCGCUCGGUGACGUGCAGUCUAACUACCUGUUGACAACAGCAGAGAAUGAGCUGGGGGUGGUGGUGGCACACAGUGAAGCAGGUGCCCAGAUGGUUCCCAUCAGCUGGUGUGAGAUGCAGUGCCCACGGACGCACAGCAAAGAGUUCCGUAAAGUGGCGCGAGUGCAGCCGGAGUAUCUACAGGCAUGAGACAACUUCUUUCUACCACAAGGAACACACAGCUUCUCCUCCCUCUUUCACUCAGUCGUCAAGUAGCCUCCCAACUCUGUUUCAGACGUUUUCUGAGAGACUGAACGACGUGCAUAUUGUUGGCUACUUUCUAGUUUCAUGUCUUAAGUGUUUUGUUUUUUUUAACCGAGUCAUCAUUUGAUUGUGCCAACUUGAAAACACUGAAGUAGCGUCAGACCAAACUGUCAGAAUUUAUUCUAAGCAAAGUAGCGACUGUUGUAAAGAUAUUUUUUUAACCGAAGUCAGUGCAUGUCCCAGCAACGGGGGUUUUUAAAGUUGCGUUUCAGUUGCCUGAUGGCAACCUGAUUAGACUAACUCAGGAUGUUACAUUGCAGCUGCAGAACCUUCUAAGCGACCGCUAUGAUGAGAAGCUAAAAGCAUACGAAAUUUGUGCCUGGUGAAUAAAGGUCCUCUUCACUCAGUUUUAAUAGUAAAUAUUAUGGCGAAGUAUUACGGCUGAUCGUCAGGUCACUUGAAGGAUGAAGCAGCGGCGCAUGUUGCUGGGUGCACAAAGGCCCAGGCUGCAUUUUGUAACUAGAGAUGGUUGUAUUUGGUCUGAAAUAAGGAUUCAGCCAAAAAUGCUGCACUUUAAAACUUCUUUUGCGUGAUGUCAUGUAAACAACUGACAUGGGAUUUUUUUUUUUGUCCAUAAGUGACAAAGACAUUCAUCUCCUCAGGCUCAUUUUUCAUCACUCCUUUCCUUUCGGUCUCAAGUAAACUGAAGGACACAUGCCGUCCACACAGCAGUUUGAAAGGAGAGUAAAUGUGAUUAAGGGAGCCUAAUGUUCAGAGUUACAACACAGCUACCAAUGUGCGGAAUAUUGAAGUUCAACAUGAUAGUCAGAUAUUUCAUUUUUGUUUUCCAGCUUAUUGUCAGAACGUAAUGAUUGUGAGCCUACAACAAGCAAGCAGAAAUGUUUCCAUUGUAUCUUUGAAGUAAAGUGAACUUUAACUUUCCUUAUUCCUUCCUCACUUUACAGCAGAUGUCAUUCAUGUGCAAGAUUGAAAUAAAAUGACUAUCAAA